AAUAAUACCAAUAAUAUAAAACGAUAAAUAAAUAACCCUAACAUUGAGAGAUCUUGGAAGUUUGGAAGAAACCCACUCUCCUCACGUUUGUGAGCUUUCUUGUACACUUGCUCUGAUUUGGAACCCAACUGUCUAUGGUGAACCCUAGUUUCAGCUACAGACCCAUAUCAGUUUUCAGGUAAUCGGAUGCCUGCUAUUGUUCUUGGCCUAUAUUUUGGAGUUUUGUAACCCAAUUUUGUGCUUCCCAAAACUUCAUAAGCUGCAAAGUGAGGGUCUUUUGUAUGUGGAUAUGAUGUAUUCUCAAGAUCUGCUUCAUGGGUUCAUAUGAAGCUGAUAGUUCUGUUCGAGAUAUCUUGUCAAAGAUCUGAUAUUUUUGUGUAGAAAUGAAUCUAUGAGAUGAGCUGAAUUUCAGAACUAUACUUUGUGAUUCAAGUAGUAGCUUGAUUUGCUUGUGGAAGGUUUGCACAAAGAUUGUGAAUUUCUCUAGUUGGUCGAGAAAGAAAUUUGAGAGCUAUAUUUGGUGGUUCUAAGGUAAGCAAGAUAAGUAUUUUGAGUUUCGUAGUUUUAGCAUUUUCGGGUUGUUUGAGUUAGUUGUAGAAGGAGAAAUUAAGAUGGGUGAGAAAUUUUGGGUGAAUGAAGAAGACAGGGUCGUGGUGGAGUCAGUACUAGGUACUGAAGCAUGCCAGUUCUUGACCUCUCUGGUUUCUGAAAAUGUUUUGACAGACUUGGUUAGGCCGCCUGGUAAAUUGGGUGUGCAGCAAGGGUUGUCCCAGCUUGUCAAAGGAUCAAAUUGGAAUUAUGUCAUUUUCUGGCAGGUUGUCAGCUCGAAAUCUGGUGGAUCUGCCUUGAUUUGGGGUGAUGGACAUUGCAGAGACACAAAGGAUGGCGGAGUUGCAGGCGAGAAUUCUAGUUUGGAUGGCAGUUUUGAGGGAGUGCAGAAGAAAGAGGAGGUGAAAAAGUGGGUGCUUGAGAAGCUCCAUGCAUGUUUUGGUGGUUUGGAUGAGGGUAAUUAUGCUAGGAGGCUGGAUGGGGUGUCAGAUGUGGAAAUGUUUUACCUCACUUCAAUGUAUUAUGCAUUUCAACUUGAUUCACACAGUGGUCCUGGGGAGUCGUACAAGUCCGGUAAAUCAAUUUGGGUUUCAGAUGUGGGUAGUUGUUUACACCAUUACCAGUCAAGAUCGUAUUUAGCAAGAUUGGCCGGGUUCCAAACAGUGGUGUUUGUACCUAUGAAAUCAGGAGUUGUUGAGCUUGGUUCAGUCAAAGCAAAUCCAGAAGAACAGAAUCUAGUAAAUAUGGUCAGAAAUUUAUUUGGUGAAUCUAGUUCUGUUCAGGCAAAGGCAUUUCCAAUGAUUUUUGGACGUGAGCUCAGUCUUGGUGGUCCAAAAUCACAAUCGAUCAAUAUUGCCUUUUCCCCUAAGAUAGAGGAAGAUUCUACAUUUCCUCCAGAGUCAUUUGAAUUACAAUCAGUAGGUACUUCAAAUGGAUGUCAAAGUGAGGAUAGUGAAGUAAAACUUUUUCCGCAAUUGAACCAAAUGAUGGUUGGAGGUUUCAGUGCUCCGACAAUAGUUUCAAGUUUGGAGCUGCCUAAGGAUGAGUCCUCAGCACAAAUUGAUGAGCGGAAACCCAGAAAGAGAGGGAGAAAGCCUGCCAAUGGGAGAGAAGAACCAUUGAAUCAUGUGGAAGCAGAGCGGCAGAGGCGCGAGAAGCUUAACCAGAGGUUCUAUGCACUAAGAGCUGUUGUUCCUAACAUUUCGAAGAUGGACAAAGCCUCUCUUCUGGGUGAUGCCAUUACUUAUAUCACUGAUCUUCAGAUGAAGAUCAGGGUCAUGGAAACUGAAAACCAGAUGGGAAACAAUAAUCAAAAGCAGUUUCCGGUUCCAGAGAUUGAUUUUCAGGAACGACAUGAGGAUGCAGUUGUGAGGAUGAACUGCCCAUUGGAUUCUCACCCGGUUUCUGAAGUCAUCAAAACUCUUAGGGAACACAAAAUUGUGGCUCAAGAGUCUAAUGUUUCAGUAACAGACAACGAUAAGGUUAUUCAUACAUUCUCCAUUCCAACUCAAGGUGGUGAUGCCGAGCAGUUAAAGGAGAAGCUGGUGGCCUCUCUUUCAAAAUGAUCCCACUGUAAAGUUGUGUUUAUAACAUGUAUCUGUAUGCAUCUACCUGAUAUAAAAUGUGGGUUUUCUUGUUGUUGACUAACUGAUGAGUUUUCUCAUCUCAUCUGACAUUGAUGAUUUGUAAUCCAACUUCAGAUUGUUUAGUUCAUAUAUGCAAAUGAUAUCGCGAUAAUUUCGAACA